UAAUAAGCCAUACGUGCGAAAGGUUUCUCCGGCAAUGUUCAAAUUGCUGUCAUGCAAGCACAUCUUCCGCCAAUCGCUCACUCACAGCUAUGAAACGCAUUUCCCCAUUGUGGGACCCCGGACUUCUUUGAAUUUACAGCUCUUUCGGCACAAUACGUCGUUUGCGAUUCGUGCUACGAGAGAAGAUGGGUCCGUGGAGGACAUUCCAGAGGCGGAUCUUUACAGAUAUACUAGACAUCGCUGGGUAUACAACGAAGCAUAUAAUCUUUCGCAGCGAUAUCUCAAGUUCGACCUACAGGAGCUUGUUCGCGUUGCAGUCACUGCCAUGUCUGAACAUGGUGCCCAUCACUGUAUAGAAGUACUUAAAUGCAAGGAAGGCAUGAAUAACAAGGCGUUCCUACUGACAAUGGACAAUGGCUCCGUGGUAUUUGCAAAGCUACCGCAUUUAUGUGCAGGACCUGCCUUUUACACCACAGCCUCAGAAGUUGCCACCCGUACUUUCGUAAGCGUUUUCGUGUCAAAUAUUGGUCUCUUAUUGCUAACAUUCUUACAGUUGCGUGAUGUCCUAGAUAUCCCAAAUCCUCGUAUAAUUACCUGGUCGGCUGUAAAGGACAAUCCGGUCGGGGCAGAGUAUAUACUAGAGCAGAGAGCCCAAGGGGAACCUUUAUGGUCACUUUGGCAAGAUUGGGAUAGACUACCAAUAAUAGCUCGUUUUGGGAUUAUAAGGCAAAUUGUUGAGAUCGAACGUAGGCUUACAGACAUACCUUUCAAGGAUUGCGGUUGCAUCUACUUCAAAGCAGAUGUUCCUUAUGGCGAGCCCUUGCAAGUAACAGGGAUGAAAUCACCCUCGACUCUGCAACAAUUCCGCAUGGGCCCGUUGGUAGCUGCGGAUUUCUGGGAGAAAGAAAAGGCUACAAUUGAAUUGAAUAGGGGACCUUUUCUCGGAGCCCUCGAGUUGAUUAGAAACAAGGGGUUGAGCGAGAUGCAUGUUCUUAAGCAGCACGGCAAUCCCCGACUGAAUUAUGCUCGCUCGCAUGUGGAGCCUGAACACCCUGAAGAGAUGCUGGAGCUCCUGGACAAGUAUCUCAAGCUCACUCCGGCUAUGGUUCCACCGUCUUUUCCAGAUAUUAAUGCCUCCACUCUGUGGCAUCCCGACCUCCAUCUUGAUAAUAUAUUUAUUGAUCCCAACACCCUCCAGGUCACUAGUAUAAUCGACUGGCAAUCAACCACAGCAGCUCCCUUGUUCCACCAGUGUGGUGUGCCGAAAAUGGUGCGACACCGAGAACCAGUCUCACUGGAUCUUUCCAAUUUUCCCAAGCUGUGCGAUGAUUUCGAGGAUUUAGAUCAGGACGGAAAGGAGUAUGCUGCAAAAAUGCAUAAAAGUGAGCACCUACAUCAGUACUACCUUAGGAUAACGAGGGAGAACAAUCCAAGGCACUGGACUGCUCUACAGUUAUAUGACGAGAUACGAGUCCAACCCGCGAAGAUUGUGCAACAGGUGUGGGAAACCAAUAACGUCUUUUUCUUACGACGAGCGCUCAUGCGGAUUGCUGCUAAUUGGGAGGAGCUUGCACCGGGCACUGGCCCAUGCCCAGUAAUUUUUAGUGACGAAGAGUCUACUCUUUACAACGAAGAGGUAGAAAAGAGGGAAUUUGUCUCUGGUACACUUGACCUCUUUCAGAAGAAUUAUGGGUUAAAUUCUGAAGGGACAGUUAAAACUGGGAGAUAUGGUGAGAUGCAGGCUGAGCUGAAGCGAUUAAAGGAUUUCUGCUUGGAAGCCGCGGAAGACGAUGAGGAAAGGUUAAACGUUGAGAGACUUUGGCCGUACCAAGACACCGUGGUUCCCUAGGUAUCAUUCGUUUGGGCUCUCCGCCGCCCAGCUGUGUCUCGACGAUCUGCAAUCACUAUGGAUUCUGAAGCAUGAAAAGUCGUGCUCAAUCUGCCCAAAUUGGUAGAUGGUGGCAAAUCGUAGAAUGAUUGGUCCUGUUAUCCCCACCAGAGGAACAAACAAACACUAGUAUGGCUAAAAUUGCCUUCGAGAGCUAGUCUCGCUAAGACUGGGAAUCAAUUGUUGCUCCAGUCGUUUUAAAUGUAAAGUAGAUUAUAUUUGAGAGCACAAGAAUUGGGAUUGUGCAAAGGGUACAACAUUUGAUAAUGGAUAGAACAAUUUCAC